AUGGCGCUGCCCUCCGCCUGCCCGCAGCUCUCCCGCCUGCGCCUGGACGAGCCGCGCUACACCGGGGUGCCGCACUUCCGCAUCACCCCCACGUGCCUCGGCCGCUUCUUCCUCCGCGCUUCGCGUCUCGAGCAGUUCACUCUCGACCAAAGCCUCGGCAACAUGACAAAGCUUCCCUCCUCGCUCACGUCACUCUCGUCGCUUCGCGUGCUCACCCUCAGCGUGUCGCGACUUACCAUUCUUCCCGACGAGUUCGGCGCGCUGCGCGCGCUGGAAGAGCUCCGCCUCUGCGCGAUGAGCGUGCUGACGGCGCUGAAAAUACACGGGGAGGGCAUUCCGGAGAGCAUCAGCGCGCUCAAGAAGCUGCGCCGCCUGAACCUGUGCAACAUCAGCUGCGCGCACCUCGACGUGGGGGAGGAGUGGCGCAAGCUGGAGGAGUUGCGCCUGGAGAACGUCAGCCGGGGGUGGGGCCGCUUUCCGCCCAUCUCCCUCGAGUCCCUUGCGCUCCUCACCAUCCGCCACUGCCGCAGCCUCCGCGCGCUCCCCGACGACAUCGGCGCGGCGCCAGCGCUCCGCGAGGUAGAGAUCGUCGACACGCCGAUCGCCGAGCUGCCCACGUCGAUUGCGACGCUGACGUCACUGGAGCGGCUGGUGUUGGCGCCGUCCAAGUCGAUGAGAGGACUGCCGCCCACACUGCUGGCACUGCCGCGAGUGGCGAACGUGAUGGUGAAGAACGUGUCGGCCCUUGCUUCGCUGAUCAGAAGCGGCGCGCGCGAGGAGGCGGAGGGACGACGCCAGCCAGUCGCGCGCCUCGCGCUGGUGCAGUCUUUCUCCCUCGAAUGCUGCUACUUCUUCACCCAUUUAUCCCCCGCCCUCCCCGCGCUCGCGCCCUCGUUGCGCGCGCUCACGCUCGCCGACCUCGCCGCGCUCUACUCCUUGCCCGCCGAAGUCUUCCGCCUCACCGCGCUCACCUCCCUCUCGCUCCUCCUCCUGCAGCACGUCAACUGCCUCCCCCCCGCGCUCUUCACGCUCUCCGCCCUCCGCGCGCUCAGAAUCACCUCCGCGUCUGAGCUCGCGGCGCUUCUCGAAUCGCUGGGCCAGCUGGCGGCGCUUGAGUCGCUCGAGCUCGACGACUGCCCCGCGCUGCGGAGCCUGCCCGCGUCGCUGGGCCAACUGAGAAGAAGUGAACGAGAAUGA